AUGUCUACCAGUCGCAUGAUUCAGCUGGCAACUACCAUCUCCAAGAAUGCCGAGGUGGUUGAUAGCUACUUGAAUUCUCGCGAUUUGCCAACACCGAGCUUCGACGCCGAGUGCCCUGAAAGGCUUCUGUUCGGCCACGGAGAGGAGAUUGAUGGUGCCAGACAGGCAGUAGUCGACGCGACCGAUGAAUUGCAAGCUCUUAUGCUCGGGCCGACGGGUCUACUGAGCUCGCUAUUUCACAAUUCGCUCCUAAGCAUUCAAGCCAUCCUCCGAUUCAAUCUUCUCGAUUUCCCACCUGGUAAAGAGGAGACGACCUUCACUGAGCUUGCCGCCCACGCAAACUGUGGCCUGCAGGAGCCCGAGAUUCGACGUCUCCUUCGCCACGCUAUGGCAUAUCGCAUCUUUUGCGAGCCGCGCAAGGGCGUCGUAGCCCACACGGCAGCCUCCAAACGUCUUUCGCACCCUUUGAUGCGAGCCUGGCUGGGGUUUGCGACGGAAGAGCUGUGGCCGAGUGCGACAAAGACGGUCGAGGCGCUGACAGCCUGGCCUCAAGCUCAAGAACCGGAGGCAAACGAGUUUCAACUUAAUGCGAGGAACGGAUUCCAUUUUCUUUGA